AUGUUCAUCGUCAUCAUCAUCAUCAUCAUCAUCAUCAAAAUGAUCAUCAUCAUCAUCAUCAUCAUCAUCAGCAUCCGAAACAUCAUGAUCAUCAUCAUCAUUGAUGAUGAUGAUGAUGAUGAUGAUGAUGAUGAUGAUGAUGAUGAUGGUGAUGAUGAUGAUCUGAUGAUGAUGAUGAUGAUGAUGAUGGUUCCUAUGAUGAUGUUGAUGAUGAUGAUGAUGUUGAUUCGGAUAAUGAUGAUGGUGUUCCGGAUGAUGAUGAUGAUGAUAAUAAUGAUGAUGAGGAUGAUGUCGGAUGAUGAUGAUAAUGAUGAUGAUGAUGAUGAUUCGGAUGAUGAUGAUGAUGAGGACGAUGUGUCGGACGAUGAUCAUGAUGAUGAUGAUUCGGAUCGGAUGAUGAUGAUGAUGAUGAUGAUGAUGAUGAUGAUUUGGUUGAUGAUGAUGAUGAUGAUCGGAUGA